AUGUCUGUAUUUUUAACUAAAUUGUCGUUACAUGGAAAAUUAUCAACUUUAUCAAAUGCAAAUAAUAUAGUAUCAGGCAAAUCAUUUAAACUUUUGUGUCAAUCAUUUUUAACGAUUUCUACACAAUCAGAUAUAAAUUAUCAUCAAUUUAAACCUUUUUCAACAAUUAAUUAUGAAACUAAAAAUCGGUUAGCCUAUAUUACUUUAAAUAAACCAGAGGUUUUAAAUGCAAUCGAUGGUUCAAUGCCUAAAGAAUUGUCUGAAUGUGUAGCGAAAGCAAAUGAUGAUCCAUCGGUGCAUGUCAUUAUACUAGCUGGUGCUGGUAAAGCAUUUUGUUCUGGAUAUGAUUUGACGUAUUAUGCACAAAAUAAAAAUGAAAAUGCUGUACAAGAAAUGCCAUGGGAUUCAAUGAAAGAUUAUACAUCUAUGAAGAAAAACACAGAAUAUUUUAUGUCUCUAUUUCAUUCAUCUAAACCUACACUUUGUAAAAUACAUGGUGAUGCAUUAGCUGGCGGUAGUGAUAUUGCUUUAUGUUGUGAUAUUAUUUUAAUGGCUAAUGAAGCACGUAUUGGUUAUAUGCCAGCUAGAGUAUGGGGUUGUCCAACAACAGCUAUGUGGAUAUAUAGACUCGGUAUAGAAAAAGCUAAAAGAAUGUUACUGACUGGUGAUAAAAUUAAUGGUAUUGAAGCGGAAAAACUUGGACUUGUAUUGAAAUCAGUUCCACAAGAACAAUUAAAUGAUGAAGUCGAAAAAUUAGCUCAGCGAAUGGCUACAGUGCCAAUAAAUCAACUUGUCAUGCAAAAACUAGUGAUUAAUCAAACAUUAGAAAGUAUGGGUUUAAGAACAUCUCAAAUGUUUGCUACAUUAUUCGAUGGCAUUGCACGUCAUUCACCAGAGGGCCUUGUAUUUAAACGUCGAUCGGAGACUGCUGGAUGGAAAAUAGCUGUAAAAGAACGAGAUCAUGGUACAUACGAUUGGACUGCUGAUAUGCCGAUCGAAAUGGAAAAAAAAACAUAA